AUGUUGAGAGGUCGAUGUCCGUCCGCGGCGAACAAGUAUAUUAAGAGAACCUAUGCAGCGGUGAGAAAGCCCAAGACGCCUUUGCACCCCGAAUGGAAACCUCUAGUGACAAAGGAGCUGAAGGGUAAAGAUCCUGAGCAGACAUUGACGUGGCAUACAGCCGAAGAUAUAGAUGUGAAGCCGUUGUAUACCAAGUUGGAUACCGAGAAUAUGCCUGAUGAAAUCCCGGGCAAGUUCCCGUUUACAAGAGGACCGUAUGCAUCCAUGUACACUGCGAGACCAUGGACUAUCAGACAGUAUGCGGGAUUCAGCACAGUCGAAGAAUCAAAUGCCUUUUAUCGCAAGAACUUGGCUGCUGGCCAACAAGGACUGUCCGUUGCCUUUGAUCUCGCAACACAUCGUGGGUACGACUCUGAUCAUCCGCGAGUAAUCGGUGAUGUUGGUAUGGCUGGAGUGGCAAUCGAUUCGGUCGAAGAUGUAAAGAUCUUGUUUGACGGCAUUCCUCUAAACAAAAUGUCAGUGUCUAUGACUAUGAAUGGGGCUGUACUUCCUAUAUUAGCUAUGUACAUUGUUACUGGAUUAGAACAGGGAGCGGGACUAAAGGAACUAUCGGGUACUAUCCAGAACGACAUUCUCAAAGAAUUUAUGGUGCGGAAUACAUUUAUUUAUCCGCCUGAACCAUCAAUGAAGAUUAUCGGCGACAUAUUUUCGUAUGUCUCUAAGAACAUGCCCAAGUACAAUUCAAUUUCUAUCUCUGGGUAUCAUAUGCAAGAAGCUGGUGCUAACAAUGUAUUAGAGCUGGCAUUUACUGUGGCAGACGGUUUGGAGUAUAUUAGAACAGGCAUUAAGGCUGGGAUGAGUGUCGAUGACUUUGCUCCUCGCUUGUCAUUUUUCUGGGGCAUAGGAAUGAACUUUUAUAUGGAAAUCGCUAAAUUAAGAGCUGCUCGUCGUCUAUGGGCCACAUUACUCAAAGAAAAGUUUAAUCCAAAGAAUCCUAAAUCAAUGAUGCUCAGGACUCAUUGUCAAACUUCCGGGUGGUCAUUAACAGAACAGGAUCCGUACAAUAACAUAAUCAGAACGACAAUAGAAGCGAUGGCGGCCGUUCUCGGCGGUACCCAAUCACUCCAUACAAACUCAUUCGACGAGGCCAUUGGCCUUCCUACUGAAUUCUCUGCUCGUAUUGCCCGGAAUACACAAAUCGUUCUCCAAGAAGAAGCAUGCAUACCCAAAGUAGCCGACCCAUGGGGAGGAAGUUACAUGAUGGAAAAUUUGACUACAGAGUUGUAUGAAGCAGCGAGGGACAUUAUUGAAGAAGUUGAAGCUAUGGGUGGUAUGGCCAAAGCCGUUGCUAGCGGCAUGCCAAAGUUGAGAAUCGAGGAAAGUGCGGCUAAGCGGCAGGCGAGGAUUGAUUCCCAACAAGAGACUAUCGUGGGGGUGAACAAAUAUCGACUUGAAAAGGAGGACAAUGUCGAUGUGCUCGUGAUUGACAAUUCAAAAGUGCGAGAGGAACAAAUCAAUCGUAUUGAACAAGUUAAAAAAGAGAGAGACAACGCAAGGGCUGAGGCUGCUCUGUCUGCGCUUACAGAUUGUGCUAAGGCUGGCAUUGGUAACCUGCUUGAACUGUCAAUUCAGGCUGCCAAGGCCAGAUGUACUGUCGGCGAGAUUUCCUAUGCUCUGGAGAAAGUAUGGGGACGGCAUGAGCCAUCGAGCAGAGUUGCCAGCGGGGCAUAUAAAUCAGCAUAUGGCCCGCAAAGUGAAAUCGACGAGACACUCAAGUUGAUUGAAGAAACAAGGGCGAAACUAGGUGUCAACCCUCGUAUCCUAGUGGCAAAAUGCGGCCAGGACGGACAUGACAGAGGUGCAAAGGUGAUUGCAUCUGCGUUUAGUGACCUCGGAUUUGAUGUCGAUCUCUCGCCUCUUUUUAGCACUCCAGAAGAAGUGGUGCGACAGGCAAUCGACAACGAUGUGCAUGUGAUUGGUAUGUCAUCUCAGGCUGCUGGUCACAAGACAUUAGUACCUGCAUUGAUUAACGAAUUGAAAAGGCUCGGGAUCGAUGACAAGAUUGUCGUUGUGGGAGGUGUGAUUCCACGGCAGGAUUAUCAGUUCUUGUAUGAUGCAGGUGUCAGUGCAAUAUUUGGUCCUGGGACCAAGAUACCUGAUGCAGCUCGGUUGGUUGUCGAGAAAAUUCAGGAAAAUAUCAAAGAUUGA